AUGAUAUCUAUCUAUCUAUCUAUCUAUCUAUCUAUCUAUCUAUGUCUGUUCAUAUCUAUCUAUCUGUUUUUCUAUCUCUCUUCAUUUCAAUAUGUUUAUAGAUCUAUCUAUUCAUUAUGUUUAUAUCUAUCUAUCUAUCUAUCUAUCUAUCUAUCUAUCUAUCUAUCUAUUAACCUGUUCAUCAUCUGUCUAUCUAUCUAUCUAUCUAUCUAUUACCCUGUUCAUUAUCUAUCUAUCUAUCUAUCUAUCUAUCUAUCUAUCUAUCUAUUAACCUGUUCAUUAUCUAUCUAUCUAUCUAUCUAUCUAUCUCACAUACCAUCUACCUAUGAUUUUUUAUUUCUUUCUUUCUUUCUGUCUUUGCUAAUAUCUAUAUAUGUAUUUUUCUAUCCUUCGUUAUUUCUAUCUCAGUCACUUCAUUUCCAUCUAUCUAUCUCAUUCUGUACAUAUCUAUCUAUCUAUCUAUCUAUCUAUCUAUCUAUUAACCUGUUCAUCAUCUGUCUAUCUAUCUAUCUAUCUAUCUAUCUAUUAACCUGUUCAUCAUCUGUCUAUCUAUCUAUCUAUCUAUUACCCUGUUCAUUAUCUAUCUAUCUAUCUAUCUAUCUAUUAACCUGUUCAUUAUCUAUCUAUCUAUCUAUCUAUCUAUCUAUCUAUCUCACAUACCAUCUACCUAUGAUUUUUUAUUUCUUUCUUUCUUUCUUCACUUCAUAUCCAUCUAUCUAUCUCAUUCUGUACAUAUCUAUCUAUCUAUCUAUCUAUCUAUUAACCUGUUCAUCAUCUGUCUAUCUAUCUAUCUAUCUAUCUAUCUAUUACCCUGUUCAUUAUCUAUCUAUCUAUCUAUCUAUCUAUCUAUCUAUCUAUCUAUCUAUCUAUUAA